CUUCACUAUUAUUCUGACAAAAUACACACUGUUUUAUUGUGCACCAGGUCCCUCUACCAUCCACAUCACCACCAAGUACUGCACUUCCAUCUGCCCCUUCAUCAGGGCCAUCAAAUGUCGCAAGUGAGGAGGAGGCUGACUCAGAAGUUGACAUGGAACGUGAACUUCUUGAUCUGAGCAAAAGUUUUGAGGAUUGCGGCUUGAAAGAUGUCAGCUUUGUACUGCCAAGCUCCCAGUCAUCUUCCAGCGCAGGGACUAUGUCGGGGUCUGGAAGCAUUUCUCAAGACACAGAGAGAGGGUGGGGACAGAGGAAGUGGUUGGUGAACGAAUCAAACCUCUUACAACUCUUUCAAACAUGUCCUAGUUGCAUGAGUCUUAUAACUGAGACAACAAUCACCACCAAAGGCAGCCAGAUUAAAAUCAAGUGGAGCUGUGGGAGGCACUCUGGAGAAUGGCAGUCAUGUCCGGACCGAAGAGGGAUGGCAGAGAACAAUCUGUUGAUCAGUGCAUCAAUACUCUUCACUGGAGCCACAUACACAGACGUAGCAGACUGGGCUAAUCUCCUCAACAUGUCCAUACCAACAGCAACACCGUUUUACGACAUGCAGAGGAUAUACCUUCGACCUGCCAUCCAAGAUGUGUACAAAAGGGAGAAUGACCGAAUAAUAUCCCGGCUUGCAGAGGAAUCAACAUCUGGAAAGAGACAUGAACUCUGUGGCGAUGGAAGACGUGAUAGUCCAGUGCGAGAUACUCCACCUACUCCUUCCAAAACGACUCUACAAAAGAAAUCGUGCAUUUUGAACUGGUCCAGUGACAACAGAACCCAGAGCCAAAUGAUGAUCGACCAGCCGCCGCCCAAAUGA